AUGAAAUGCCGAAAGUGGAGUGAAGCACGCGUUUACACAAAUGCUAAUAAAGAAAGAGGUCAAGCGUAUUGGGAUUACGAAAAUACUACCAUAGAUUGGUCAUCCAACAACAGUGCAUAUGAAAUCGAGACAAAGGUGGGUCGUGGUAAGUAUUCCGAAGUAUUCCAGGGCGUUCAGCUGUCGACGCAUGAUAAGAUUGUUAUCAAAAUGCUCAAACCGGUCAAGAAGAAAAAAAUCAAACGUGAAAUUAAAAUUCUCACAAACUUGUCAAACGAGGCAAAUCCACCCACCUCGCAAGAGUUUAAUAAAGACAAAUAUUAUGAGAACAAAAAGGAAGAGGUUCUUCAAUUCAUCAGACCAUAUGUGUACGAGCUUCCUCAUAAUGGUCACGAAAAUAUCAUCCAGCUUUUAGAUGUCGUAAGAGAUCCAAUUUCUCGAACUCCAGCUUUAGUAUUUGAGUACGUUGAUAAUGUUGAUUUUCGUACUCUUUAUCCCACAUUCGGAGACAUGGACAUUAGAUAUUACAUGCUUGAGCUUUUGAAAGCUCUUGACUACUGUCACUCCAUGGGCAUUAUGCACCGAGACGUGAAACCUCAUAAUGUUAUGAUUGAUCACAAGCAGAAAAAGCUAAGAUUGAUUGAUUGGGGUUUGGCAGAAUUUUAUCAUCCAAAUAUGGAAUAUAAUGUAAGGGUCGCAUCCAGGUUCUUCAAAGGUCCAGAACUAUUGGUAGAUUAUAGAAUGUAUGACUAUUCUCUAGACAUGUGGUCAUACGGUACCAUGCUUGCUUCCAUGGUUUUUCAAAAAGAACCCUUCUUUCACGGCACCAGCAAUACGGACCAGCUGGUAAAAAUAGUACGCGUUCUUGGCAGCGAUGAUUUUGAAAAGUAUCUUUACAAAUACGAAAUAACUCUUCCCCGCGAGUUCCAUGAUAUAGACCAAUACAUCAGAAGACCAUGGCAUAGGUUUGUUAACGAUUCUAACAAGCAUCUCUCAGGUAAUGAUGAUAUUAUCGAUCUUAUUGAUAAUUUGUUGAAAUACGAUCAUCAAGAAAGGCUGACCGCUAGAGAAGCUAUGCAGCACAAAUGGUUUGCUCCUAUAAGAAACGGAGAGUACGCCGUGAAAUAA